CCAAGAACAACCUUUCACGAUUCACAUCAUGGCGAACAGCAUGUUUGACAGUUUGGUGGCUGAUUCUGCGGCUUUCUUGAAGAAUGCUCAACUCCAGAACAUUGCAAAUAGAAUAUUUACGGUUCAAGAUGUCGUUCAUGAAAUACGAGACGCGGCGACACGACAAAGGCUUGCCGUUCUACCGUAUGAGAUCGAGUUCCGAGAGCCAUCAACUGAGUCUGUAAAAACUAUUUCAGAAUUUGCUAAGAAAACAGGUGAUUUUCCAAGUCUCUCGGCGGUGGAUAUUAAGGUCAUGGCACUUACAUAUCAAUUAGAGAAAGAAUUUUGUAGCAAGGAGCAUAUAAGGGAGGAACCAGUUAACAAAAUUGAAAGAAAAAGAGGUGGAGGAAUAACAACAAUCAAACCAGAACAUGGAUUUUACUUUGAUAACAAAUCACACAUUGGCAAAGAUUCUCAAAAAGAAAAUUCUAUAGAAAAAAAUGAUGAAAACACUGACAAGGUAGAUGAUGAAGGUGAAAUGUGUGAGAGUUCAGAACUGGUGGGAUCACAAGAAGCUGUUGUGAAUAAAAAUAAUGAUGAAGAUAUUAGUAUUGAUAAAGUCAUGGAUGUUGAAGUAGAAAUUGUCAAUGAGGAUGAUCUUCAAAGUUCUGAUAAUAUUGCUUCAGAAAAUGUUGGUGAUAAUACUGGUGGAAAUGUCAUUAAUUCGAAUGAGGAUGGUAAUAAAAGUGAUGAUGAAAGUGAUGAUGAUGGUGGUGACGAUGAAGGCUGGAUCACUCCAGGAAAUAUAUCCAAAGUAAAAAAAGAGAUGGGUUUUGAUGAUGUUGAUCAGAGUCCAGUAAAUGCAAAAAGCGGCUGCCUAACAACCGAUUUUGCAAUGCAGAAUGUUUUGAUGCAAAUGGGCUUGCAUGUAAUAUCGGUCGAUGGCAUGCUGAUACGCCAAGCCAGGAGUUACAUUUUAAAAUGUCAUGGAUGUGGAAAAGAAACAACACAAAUGGAAAGAGUAUUUUGCAAGAAUUGUGGAAACAAGACUUUAAAAAAGGUGUCAGUUAGUGUUAAUCUUGAUGGUAGCUUGACAUACCAUUACCCAAAGAGAAUGCGACCUCAAAACAUAAGAGGCACAAAGUAUGCCAUACCAUUGCCCAAAGCUGGACGUCAUGCAUCAAAUGCUAUAUUGACAGAAGAUCAAAAAAUGUCAACACAAAGAUUACCAAAAUCAAAUGAGAAAGCAAAUCCAUUAUGUGAUGACUAUGUUGCUAGGACAUCACCCUUCACAUACAAAGAUGUGACAAGUAAAGCUUUCAGUAAAGGGUUUCAUUUGAAAGAGAACACUCGAAAAAAUCCUAAUGAAGGACGAAAAACUAAAAGUAAGAGAAAGUAGCAGAAUAUCUUUUUGCUAAAGUUUUACAAUGAAAUAUCAAAAUUUUGUUCAUGCCUCUAGUAUCCUUCA